AACAAAAAAGACACUACUGGAAUACUACUGAGUCACCCUCUCACGGAUUUGAAUCCGGAGGGCACGGCCUUGGCUUAGGUAACAUAUCACUUCUUGGCUUCCUGCCCCGAGACGGAACGUGCUUGCGUAGUUAGCUGAAUUGUUGAACGGGAAAUACCUAUUGUCACGCUGGAGAAAUAUUUUAUCUUAUUUUUCGGGUUUGGACAACAAACUAUAUUUAGUGGCGGUCUGUUGUAUUGUUAGCUGAUAACGUCAGUGUUUUUUUUUUUUUUGGAAAAAUAAUUAAUUUAGUAGUAAAGUAAAAGGAGAAACAAAUCAACCAUGAUUUGCGGCAGUUUCACCUGCUCUAAGAACUCCCUAUGCGCCCUGAACAUCCUUUAUAUUAUGGUCAGUUUGCUGCUGAUCGGAAUUGCAGCCUGGGGCCUGGGAUUUGGACUCAUUUCCAGCCUACGAGUUGUUGGAGGAGUGUUUGGAGUGGGCAUUUUUCUUUUCCUCAUUGCUCUGAUUGGGUUGAUUGGUGCUAUCAAGCACCACCAGGUGUUACUGUUCUUUUACAUGAUUAUCCUUUUCUUGGUGUUUGUUGUUCAGUUCUCUCUAUCUUGUGCCUGCUUAGCUGUUAACAAGGAGCAGCAGGAACACAUUCUAGAGGUUGGGUGGAAUAGAUCUGAUACUACAAGACAUGAUUUUGAGAAAAGUCUGAACUGCUGCGGAUUUCGUAGUGUCGAUCCAAAUGAUGCCUGCAAAGCUGCAUGUUUUAUAGGGAAAACUUGUAUUCCAUGCUUAUCUAAAGUGCAACCAUAUGUUGGAGAAGUACUACGUUUUGUUGGAGGUAUAGGACUGUUCUUCAGUUUCACUGAGAUUCUCGGAGUUUGGUUAACGCACAGAUACAGGAAUCAGAAAGAUCCUCGUGCAAAUCCUAGUGCAUUUCUGUGAUUUAAAGUCAAAGUAGCUUUGAUUGUUUUGACACUGGACUUCUGUUUGUUUCUGUUUUUGCAAUCUAAACACUACAUAACUUCAAGAUGUGUACCCUCCUUACAGGGGUAACAAAAAUAUUCUCUGAAUGUGCUAGCUAUCAUUUAAAAAGUUUUUAUUUGAAGUAGAUUAGAACUUAAAGAUAUACUUGAAUUAGUCUUCAAAUACUGUAAUUUUCAAGAUGAUCGUUUGCAGCUUUUUACUUAACUAAAUGUGUUUAUGUGCAUAUUUAAAACAUUACAAGUUGCUUCUCUGCAUAUGUUUGUAGCAACAGGUUGUGUAAUUUUAAGUGGAAAAAUAACACUGUGUAGUUAAUAUUGAUUUGAUAAAUUAGCUCAAAGGGAUGUGUGAAACUGGUAAUAUAAAUUGCAGUUUUUUUAUUGUAUUCUACUCCAUUCUUUCAGACGAAAACUAAACUGAAUAUCCACAGAAACUUCACACCUCGAUCUUAAAAUUCAUUUAGAUUGUUAAAUAAGUACUGCAUUCUUUCUUUUAGUUUGCUAAUUCCAAAUGUAAUCAGUAAUCUGCGGUAGAAUCUCUGUUUCUGGGGAUUAGUCAACACCCUAGGGGUGCUUAAAGGCAGAUGUGAAAGAAGCAGAGCUCCCUCAGUUGUGCAGACAUGUUGAUUAGUCCAUUAAACAUGCACUUCAUAGACUGUUGUAUCUUUAGCAUGAGUGCUUUUAAAAAAAUGCUUAGAUUACCAUCGACAUGUGUAUUCCCUGUUUAGGUUAAGAAAUUUUGAGUAUAUUGUUUCACUUGAGGACUUCUGCCCACCCAAGAAACAACUUGCAUUUUCAUUUAAAAUAAACAGUGAGGAACUGAGACUUGUUUUUCACUGAGAUGCAAACUAAGCUUUUAUUGCAGUACAGGAAAACAAGUAUGUGAGAUUUUCAGCAUUUAGUUCUUGCAAUGCAUUUUAAAAUAUCUAAACUCAUUUCAUAUGAAAUUAGAAUUCAAAUCCAAAAGAAGGAGGGACACAAAAGAGGGUGUAAGUGCAACUGAAUUGUUACUGAUGUCAUAAAACUGAGCAGGCUAAAAAGAAUGGCAUCCUACACCUUACAGCAUGAAGUGAUUUAAAACAUGACUAAUGGACCUGUAAUUAUUUUGGAAGCACUGUGUGCAAACUAAAGUAAGAGCAGACAGUGCUUAACUGAACCACUUUAAAUAUAGCCCCGUAAUAUUCAUCAGAAAGCUGCACAGUUCCUAUGGUGCCUUGCUAAAGAAAUUUUUUUUUUUUAAAUAAAAAUGCUCACCAGGCUUUCCUCAUUCUUUUAUUUAAAGCAGUUGCUUUACGUUGUGCUGAAGUGUUUAGCACAAGACUAACUUUUUUUGCACAUACAAUAAGCUGUUCUCAAGUUGUUUAAAUAAUAACAUAAAAAUAAAAUUGUGGAGGAAAUUGUAGAGAUUAUUUUAUAGCAAAUUUUCAUUACAACAAAAAUAAAAAUAAGUACAGUAUUUGAGAACUGUUCACAAAAAAAAAAAAACUAAACCAAAGAUUAUAUGUGCAUUAAUUUUUAUUGCGCAGCAUAGCAGGAUUUCUGUAGAUUCUUCAGUGACAUACAUUAUUUAAGACCAAGAUGAUUGUGGGCAUUAUUUACAAGUUAAUGGUUAUAUGUUGCGAAUUAACAUAUAGUUUAAUGCCUGCCAGGUUAAACAAAUAGUACAAGGAUUGUGCGUACAAUGAAGACAGCAGUGCAGCUGUUUAAAAGUAUGUUGUGAUCGGAAAAUUAAAUAUUUUCUGUUCUAUUUUGUACUUUAUGAUGAGAAGACGACUGUUGUAAAUAAAGAUGUUGUGCUAUGGUACUGCCAUACUUCUAAUCCAUUUAUGGCAUUUGGAUACUUAAAUGUACACUGGAUUCUUCUGUUGAAUUAGAAAGUGUCUAGCAUCACCAGUGACUGAAUAUAUACACUCUACUUGACUGAAAUGUUUUUCAGGGGCUCAUCACUUAAAUAUCAUGUUGAUAGCGCAUUUUAAUUGGUACUUCAGUUUUGUUAGCUUUAAUAAAAGUUACUAACUAAAAAUUCAUAAGAGCAAAUGCAGCUUAGAUUGUCAUACAAAGGCAGAUUUAGAAUAGAAAAGUGGUCUCUUAUUUUGGAAGCAUAUAUUUGAGAUUGUAUUCUUAGCCUUUGGAAUCCCCACGUUAAAUUUGGAUGUUUGAUUAACAUGGAUCUUUCUAGAGUUUUCCCUCUGUUGCUUUAUAUAUUCUCCUGUAACAUAACCUGCCUACUUGAAUCCCUGUUUUAUAUAUUCUCCUGUAACAUAACCUGCCUACUUGAAUCCCAUUGAGAUAUGUUUGGCCAUUCUGUUCCUUGUUUGUCGAACUGUUCUGUUUUGAUUGAAUAAUGUUUUGUAAAUGUAAAGGUUUAGGGAUCACAUUUUACUGCAGUAACUACACUUUCUUUCAUAUAUUAACCAGCAAAGUUGUACACUAUGUCCUUUGUUCAUUUUAAAAUAUAUGCUUAGAGCUGAAUGAAUGAUGGCUGUGUUUGAGAUGUUAUUUUUCUAAUUAACAUGGGAGAAUAUGUCAAGUGUUCAGAAGUUGGAAGAUGUUCAUAAAAAGCUACUUGGGUAAUUUACAGUGAGUUGAAUUGUGGAGAGAAGUGAAUUAAAAAAAGGCUAUAUCAGUGUUUAUUGUUGAAUAAAUAUUUAUGAAAAAUA